UUCAACUAUCGUCCCUUCUUCAUCACAAUGUGAACCUAACCUCCUACUACGGCUUAACCAACCUCUUCUGCAAGAAGUUUCCAAUCAUGCGUACCUUUUUUUAUCCGUUUCCUUCUUCCCUUGGGAAAACUACAAAACUUUAUUUUAAAGCAUAUAUAUAAAUAACAUCGACCGGAAACGCAUCUCUUCUUUGAUUUUCACUUUGUAGUUACCACCCACUAUCCAAAAACACCAAUCCAAACCAGAAAACCUCAUCAUCAUUUUGUAGUUAACACAAACUUGGUCAGUGUAUCUCUCUCACUGCUUCAUCAAUCAUCAUCGUCGCUACAAUGGUAACUGAAGACAAGGGUAUGUCCCAAACUAAGAAAUCAGCAGCCCUGACGCCACCGUUAUCAAUUGAUACAUCAGAAGCUGAUUACACGGCCCCAAAUCUAAUACAAAGAGUUUUCAGCCUUUUCAAGAAUGUCCGACGUGGAUCCGAUCUUACCAAAUUCCAGCUUUCACCCCUCUUUAAUUUGCCAAAAUCAUCUUCGCAAUGUUUUGGGGAGUCACUCUAUUGCAUCGGUGGUAGCGAUGAUAUCUUAAAUCGAUGCAACGAAGGAAAGAGUUCAAUUGACAGGUUUACUGCAGUCGUCGCAUGGAGUAUAUCAACAACACGUCCGGUGAUAUUUGGUUUAGCUCCCUUUAAUCCGAUUGUCCGCGAAACCCAUCAUGUAUCGAAUGGAACCUUAAAUGUUCUACUUGAGCAGGUCUCACAUCACCCACCGGUUACGGCACUGCACGCAACAGAUGAGAAAAGGAAACUGGAGAUGAUUUGGUCACAACAAACAAUACCCAAAUUCUAUGGGACUUUAGUUGAAGCAGUGGUACAAGGCAAGAGAGAAUUGAAUCUCUUAAACCAUGGUGAAAAUUAUGUGAUGAAUACUCCGAAACUGUUAAUAAGAUUCAUUCCAGUUCCAAGAACGGAUUGGACAGGGAAUACAACCAUUCGAUGUGAAGAGUCAGCUCUUCUAGCAGAGUUAUGUUUCACUGGGAAAUCUUUUCUAGGAUUCGGUGGUAAUAAUAGAUCAGUGAAAGGGAGGAUUAUUGAUACUUCGACAUCGAAAACAAUCUAUGAGGUUGACGGGCACUGGGACAGAGUUGUUACUAUAAAGGACGUUAUAAUGUGUACUUCGGUACUUGCACUUUCUGGAAACCAAGACAUUUAGUAAAUGGAUGUGUCAUCGUCAUUCUGAAGGACCUUGAGAUUAUUAGCUGAAGCCACAGAGCAUCUUGGUAAAUGGGUUUCACAACUUGAAAUAUGAUAAAUGUAUAACGACGUUGAAGCACGAACUGUGCUUAUGAAAAUCCAAAGAAAAGGUUAGAAGAAAGCUGAAAAACUAAACAAAAGCAGGAAGAAAGAAGGCAAGGGAUCAUUUGGACUAAAUCCGCGGUUAAUCCGCAUCCGGCAUGUAUCAUCCGUUGAUUCGCGGAUGUCAAAUCCGCGGGUGAUUGGGCCGAUCAUGGUUGAAUUUUUCAAAUCCGCAACUUUGACGGUUUGGUUGCGGGUGACCCCUAAUCCGCAACCAUCCGUCCGUUGCACACCCCUACGGAGCAUGAUCGCAAUGUGAAUUUUAGAUAAUGGACACAAAUUUACUUGGGCCUCGGCGGUAACUUUGGGAUUAGUUAGAGGUCUCUUAUAAAGGUACCAAACCCUAGCAUUUCAGUUGAAGUUUUAU